UAUAAUUCUACUGCUGAAACCCGGUGAGGCUGAUGGAUUUAUACCCAGACUUCGGCAGACACCGGCGGCUUUUAUUCUACAUUCGGAUCGUUUAAUGAGCUAAAUGACAGAGACUGCAUGUGCUCAUCACGAUGAGGGUCUGUCACACUUCCGAUCUGCUGUGGAGGAUCAAAACAGACGGAAAGUUGUUCGGAGGAAGUUGAAGUAAAGUGAAUAUAUUAACGUUAGCCAGCAGCUCUCGCUAGCACCGCGGCUCAAACGACACUUAUUUGUGUUUACAUGCUGUUUGAUUCAAUAUAGUACAGAUAUAAACAUAUAACUAGUGUUUUAUAUAGUUUUUUAUCACCCUGCUUUUUGUUUUAUAGUACUCCUGAGUUUAUUAGCUUGACUUGCUAGCUGUCAUUUGAACUAUAAGUUACCUCUGAAGUAAGGACUUGUUGUUUACCAGUUCAUUUACCACGUUUAGUGUAUCUUACGUUAGUUUACGUGCAACAUAUUAACAUUCAACUAUUGUUAUCAUAGAAACAAACAACGUUUUCCACAGAGAUCUGUCAUAACAUUAAAGUCUCUGAUGUUUCUCCUGAAACUCCUUGGCAGAAACAAAUAAUAGGCACAAAUGAGACUGUUGACAUAGGUUAAGGCCUUAAUGUGUACGACAUAGGCGUGUUUUGUUUAUUAGAAUGAGAAAAGUUUUUCUGUUUUGAGACACUUGUGAGGGUCUUAAUAACAGAAUUACAUACAGCUUUUCUCUAUUUAAUCUCAUUGCUGUCUAUGAAACAUUACUGUAGAAUGUGUUAGACAUGCUGUCAGUUUGCUGAAAUCACAUUUAUAUUAUACGUGCAUAAAGCUGUGUACAUCAGCGUUCAUUCAGUUUUGAUUUCAGUAUCUAUAAGCUACAAAGAAAAUGUCUGUGUAUUCAAAACUGCCGUCCGACCUGAAGAAACCCCUUGUGAGAAACACCAUUCUCCUUCUUGUUGCCCUAUACGGAGCAAAGAAAUUUUCCCCGUACGUAUACGGCAAGCUCAAAGGAAGGACUUGUGAACGGGUCAAGGGCGGCGACCCGGUAACCUCCAACGGAGGAGCCCAAGAAUCGGAAGUUGGGAAGAAAAAGAAAAGCUCCCCGGCUGUGAACCGUGAGUUCUUCGAGAGGUUGAUGCGUCUCUUGAAAAUCCUCUUUCCUCGGCUUUUCUGCAAAGAACUCGGCCUGCUCGGUUUCCACUCCCUAGCCCUCAUUUCACGCACCUUUCUUUCCAUCUACGUCGCCAAUUUGGAUGGGCAAAUAGUGAAAACCAUUGUGAAGAAAGACCCCAGGGCGUUUGUGGUCGAGUUAACCCGAUGGCUGCUCAUUGCCAUUCCCGCCACGUUUGUCAACAGUGCCAUCCGUUACCUGGAGGGUCAGCUGACCCUCGCCUUUCGCACCCGGUUGGUCACCCACGCCUACAUGAUGUAUUUUAGCGAUCAGACGUAUUACCGCGUCAGCAACAUGGAUGGCAGGCUGGCGAACCCGGAUCAGUCCUUGACCGAAGAUGUAGUGAUGUUCGCCGCCUCUGUGUCUCAUCUGUACUCGAACCUGACCAAGCCCAUCCUCGACGUGGUGGUGACCUGUUACACGCUCAUUAAAACCGCGGAGUCGAAAGGUGCCAACACAACAUGGCCCUUCAUCAUCGCCGGCAUCGUGGUGGCACUUACUGCCAAGAUUUUGAGAGCGUUCUCGCCCCGCUUCGGUAAACUGGUGGCCGAGGAAGCCAGGAGGAAAGGCGACCUGAGAUACAUGCAUUCUCGCAUCAUCGCCAACUCAGAGGAGAUUGCCUUCUACGGAGGGCAUAAGAUCGAGAUGUUGCAGCUGCAGAGGAGCUACACCGCGCUGUCCAAGCAGAUUAACCUGAUCCUGUUCAAGAGGCUGUGGUAUGUCAUGCUGGAGCAGUUCCUGAUGAAAUAUCUCUGGAGCGCAUCGGGCCUGGUCAUGGUCGCCGUGCCCAUCAUCACUGCCACCGGAUACUCUAAAUAUGAUUCAGAGGAUGUAAAACAGGCAGCCCUGGAGAUGAAGGAGGAGGACUUGGUGAGUGAACGCACGCAGGCCUUCACCACGGCCCGGAACCUCCUGAACGCCGCAGCUGAUGCGGUGGAGAGGAUAAUGGUCUCCUACAAAGAGGUCACAGAACUGGCUGGAUAUACGGCUCGCGUGUAUGAGAUGUUCGAGGUGUUUGAGGAUGUACGUGACGGCGUGUACCGCCGUUCGGCCACAGAAGUGAAGCCAGAAGAGACGGGGACGACUCGGAAGAUAAAACACGGCAUGAGAGUGGAGGGACCGCUGCAGAUCGGAGGCAAGGUGUUUGAUGUGGAACAGGGCAUCAAAUGUGAAAACCUACCUAUAAUAACUCCUACAGGGGAUGUGGUGGUUUCCAGCCUGAACAUACAGGUUGAUGAAGGCAUGCAUCUGCUGAUCACGGGCCCCAACGGUUGCGGAAAAAGCUCUCUGUUCAGAAUCCUGAGCGGCCUCUGGCCCGUCUACAGCGGAGUGCUUUACAAGCCGUCACCCGAGCACAUGUUUUACAUACCUCAAAGGCCUUAUAUGUCGGUGGGAACGCUGAGAGAUCAGGUCAUCUAUCCUCACUCUGUUCAGGAGAUGCAGGAGAAAGGCAUCACUGACCAGCAGCUGGAGGACAUCCUCAAAACUGUGAACCUCUGCUACAUCCUGGAGAGAGAAGGAGGUUGGGAUGCAGUGAGCGACUGGAAGGACGUGUUGUCUGGAGGAGAAAAGCAGCGGAUGGGCAUGGCCAGGAUGUUUUACCAUAAGCCUCAAUACGCCCUCCUGGAUGAGUGCACGAGUGCUGUGAGUAUUGAUGUGGAGGGCAAAAUCUUUGAAGCUGCAAAGGAUGCUGGGAUUGCACUUCUCUCUAUUACACACCGUCCUUCUCUCUGGAAGUACCACUCCCACCUGCUGCAGUUUGACGGCGAGGGCGGCUGGCGCUUCGAAAAGCUGGACGCCUCCACGCGUAUUUCCCUGCAGGACGAGAAGCUUCGACUCGAGACCCAGCUCUCGGGAAUUCCGAAGAUGCAGCAGCGGCUGGCGGAGCUGUGCCACAUUCUGGGGGAGGACAGCAGUCUGCCGAACCCAGGGGAAGUGGAGGAGGACGACGGGAUGGAGGCAGAGAGGAAGCAACAGAAGGAGGGGGAGGAGCAGGAGAGAGAUGUGGUAUCUGGUGGAAAAGGGAAAGACCUUAAGGAGUGAUUUGCAGACAGAUGACGGAUACAUUCAAAGCCAGGUGUGUGUGUGUGUGUGUGUGUGUGUGUGCAUAUAUCUGCCCACAUAUGUUUUAGAUGCAUGCAUUGACUUGAAAAUAUGUCUCUAAUAGGGUUGGGAAUCAAAAACGUAAUCAGAACCAGUUUUUUAAGUAUGUUUGGUUCCGUUAACGGUUCUAGAACGUUUGCAUUCCACCAAUGAUUGAGAAAAACACUGUUAUAAAAUAUGCAUAACAGAUGAACACAUCAGAGCCACCUUGAACCGCCUUUGCCGUUGUCGUGAUGAUCAACGUGCAUCUUAUUUUCUGUGAGCUUGCGGGAGAAUCAGCAAUCAAAGGUUGAGUGUGUAAUUGUCGAUUUCCAUUUUAAAAUUCUAUGAAGAUGACACCUCUAACCUUUGCGUUUUCACAGACUGAUUGCAUUUAUGGUUGUGAGUCAUUCAGAGCUCAAUUCAGAAUGUUUUUAAUGCUCAUGCUGUAAAAUCCUUUACUUGAUUUGGUCAAAAAUGAUAAAAUGUAUAAAAUUCUCAUUUUGCUAUGUUUACACCAAAUCUUGUAUUUAAUCUUUUUGUCAACUUGUUUUCUUUCAAUCAGCACAGAUCUUCUAUAUGUUUUUUAACACAGGCCUCCUUGAUCUGAGCUCAUGCACCUCAGUUUUUGAGUAAAGAAGCAUUAUUUUUGGAUAAAAAAAAUUGAGAUGCAUAAGCUCAGAUCAAUCAAUCAGUUGCAAGAUAUACAAAAAUCUGUGCUUAUUGAAAGAAAUUAAUAAGUUAAUAAGAUUGAAUCCAAUAUUUGGUGAUGAUGUAGCAUAAGGAGAAGUUUAUUUAUAAUCAUUUUUUUUGUAGAACAGUCAUUUCGGACUAGAAACUACAAGUGUAACAAGGUGGGAAAAAAUAAUUGUUAUUUUGGGAGUUGUCAUACUCUGUGUGAACAACGCUGACAAGGUUUAGUCCAAUGCGAUAAAAUUAACAUUUUUGGGCAAAAGAAAAUGACCGCAACAGAACAUGAGGGUUACAUUUAAAUUUAAAUUUGCAGACAGGAUGCAGAAUCUGAUUCAAAUUUAAAUUUGAGUUGCAUCAGAAUGAUUUGAAAUUUUGAAUUUCAAAAAAAUAAAUGUAGCUAUCAUUUUACCUAGAAAUUGCCUAGAAAGUUUUGAAAAAAACUUUACUGUUGGAGGUUUAAAAGUCUUGCGGACAGAAAAUGAAUAAUAAAUAGAUGGAUAGAUUCUAUUAUAUAGAUUUGAAAGGGUGACAGUUCUUACACAAACUAAACUAAAUAAAUGGUUUAGGUGGUAAAGAGAUGAAGGAACAGAUAAAAUUCAAUAAAAAUGAACAAGUGAAUCUUGUGGAGGGUUUUUGUCCAAGACAGUUGAGGUCAAAAGUUUACAUACACCUUUUAAAAUCUGCAAAAUGUUAAUUAUUUUACAAAAAAAGAGAGGUCAUACAAAAUGCAUGUAAUUUUUUUUUAUUUAGUACUGACUGAACAAGGUAUUUCUUAUAAAGAAGCCAGGGGUGUAAACUUUUGAACAGAAUGAAGAUGUGUACAUUUUUCUUAUUUUGCCUAAAUAUAAUAUUUUUUUCAUUUAGUACUGCCCUUCAGAAGCUACAGAAGAUACCUAUUGUUUCCCAGAAGACAAAAUAAAUAAAAUUUACAUUUAAAAAGUUUUUUCCCCCUGGCUCUUAAUGCAUCAUUUUCAUUGUUUGAUAUUUAGGCAAAAUAAGAAAAGUGUACACAUCCUCAUUCUGUUCAAAAGUUUACACCCCCGGCUCUUAAUGCUUCAUUUUUCCUUGGCGCAUCACUGAGCGUUUGAACCUUCUGAAAUAAUUGCGUACGAGUCCCUUUGUUGUCCUUAGUGUCAUGCAUUUUGUAUUUUGGGAAAAUAAUGAACAUUUUGCAAACUUUUGGCCUCAACUGAAUAUCAAAUUUCAUUUUAUAAUUUGACAACAGGCUUCUGACUGUAGUAAAUGCAUUGCAAUAGCUUUCCAAUCAUUAUCCUUUUUUUUUCUUUUCUUUUCCAAAAUUACUAAAAGAACCAUUAACAGAACCAUUGCGGAAUCAGAAUCAAAAUCAGAUUCCCAUCUGUAGUCUCUAGACUGUAAACGCACAUUGAACACUUCAAAGCUUUUGUUUGCUGUACAAAAUAAGACAAUGCAGUUAGUGUGUGUGUGUGUGUGUGUGUGUGUGUUUUGUUUAUGUAUGUGUAUGUGUGUGUGCGAAGGUAGUACUCAAGACUGGGUGUGUUUUGGAGGGGGUGGGAGACAGCUGCCAGCUCCACCAGGUGCGGUCGAUGAUGAAAGCACCUAUGAAAGCUGUUCCUCUUGCUCGUUAUCGCUGUUCUCUGAAGAAUUCUCUGGAAAUCUGCGGGACCCAGGCGGCGUGUGCGUCUGUGCAUGUGUCUUUAGGGAAAGGGUGACAGUCGAGUUUGGGCUCUGCUGUUUUGUAUCAGUUCAAGCGGUGGUAUUUUCAAACUUCUAAGGAGUCGCCACGAAUGCUGUAGCUCAGAUCCGUGCCACGUUUUAACGCAGAAUCAAAAAGGGUGAAUUUGUCCACAGUGUAGAUGAUGAAUGUUUUUGUUUUUAUCCAGUUCUAACAAUUUUUGAACAGCGAUCACAUUUGCAUGCACAUGAAUGCUGAAUAUCCCAGAAUAUCCCUGUGAUAAUGUGCAAGUAAUUGUGGUCAAUAAGAAAGUGCUAAUUUUAAAAUGUAGCUUUUAUUCUUUAAACAAUCAGCAGGGAGCUAUGGAAGUUUGUUGGCACUACAGGAUGAAAAAAUGAUUGCAUGUUUUUAUCUCAAAAUUUUGACUCAUUUUCUUCCAGUUCUGAGAAAAAAGUCAGAAAUGUGAGAGAAGAACAUGUAAUUCUAAGAUGAAAAGUCAGAAUUGUGGGAUAUAAACUCAAUUCUUAAAAGAAAAGCAUAAAUUGUAAGAUAUAUACUCACAACUGCAAGAAGAAAAAAGAGAAAAGAAAUUAAAAAUGGGAGUUAUACACUCAGAAUUUAGAGGAAAAAGUAGAAUUGUGGGAUAUAAACUCAGUUCUUAAAAAAAGUAUAAAUUGUGAAAUAUAUACAGUUGCGAGAAGAAAUUAAAAAUGGGAAUUGUAAACUCAGAAUUUAGAGGAAAAAAGUCAGAAUUGUGGGAUAUAAACUCGAUUCUGAAAAGAGAAGUAUAAAUUGUGAGAUAUAUACUCACAACUGCAAGAAGAAAAAAGAGAAGAGAAAUUAAAAAUGUGAAUUGUAAACAGAAUUUAGAGAAAAAAGUCAGAAUUGUAAGACGUAAACUCAGACUUGACAAGAAAUAAAUGUCAGAAUUGUGAAAUUGCAGUUAAUUAAUUACAUUUGUAAGAUAGAGACUCACAAUUCUGAAAAAUUCAGAAUUACAAGUUGUAAACUAAGAAUUCCAAGACAAACGAAAACAGAAUUGAGAUGUAAACUCAAAAUUCCAGGAAAACUGUCAGCAUUGCAAGAUAUGAACUCUCAAGAAAACUCAAAAUUGUGAGAAAAAAGACAGAAUUAUGAUGUCAUUUUUAUUUUUAUUCUGUAGUGAAAACAAGUUUCCAUGUGAAGCACCUUAGAAGGAGGGUUUUCCAUUCAAAUUAAAUUUCUCUUUUAUCUUCAUUAGACAGACAUCGGUUGAACCUUAAUCUCUAAUUAUGUUCAUUAGAGGAGAUACUGUUUUUCUAAUAAUUAAACUUUUAUGCUCUAAUUUUGUACAAAAAGCCAGAGGGUAGAUCUGAUAUGAUUUUUUACACAUUAAAAACAAGGGCUUGACCCUGUUGGUCUGAGCGCAGGGCCUGAAGGAGCGCUCAUGGACACAGGAUGAUUAAAUCGUUUCAGAUUUGGCCCAAGGUGAUGCCGCCUGAUAUGUGUGUUUGUGUUAGUUGUAGGGUGAUGACCACUAGAGUUAAUCCAGACCUCUUCCAGCAAGUGUCCUUAGAAUUUCAAUCUUUUAUGUAUCAUUUCAAAGUGCUUUUGUUCUCUUGUCGUGUGUUGACUUCAGAAAGUCAGUCAUUUGAAAGACAUAUGAUGAUUGUAACAUUCAAUAACUGCUUUAAAAGAAAUUUCCAUUCAGAAGAAAAAUCUGUCCACAAUGUGACAUUGAAAUUCAUAAUGUCUGUGUUUCUUACUAAAAUAUUUUAUAAUGUGAGAUUUUGCACACGUAAUGCACAGAUGAUUUUCUAUCUUGAACCACAAAUUGAUUAUAUUUUGAUUACUUUUCAGACAUUUCAAACUAAUAUUUUACCUCUGCUAACGCAAACUAUUUUGUAUCGUGUUUUCUUUAGGUAUGACUAUGAUAAAAGCGAUUGCAAUGUAAUUGAUUCAAUAUUGGGCCCUUUGCACAUUUGCCUGAAUUAUUAAAAAUGUAUCUCUGCAGUCUAAUAAAACAUUUCCUCUUGAAAACA